CGUCUAAAUUUGUUUUAAGUUUUAACUUUGUGCAGUAUUGACUACAUAUUGAGUAUCUAGACAUUUAUAUUUCAAUCUAAUUUCUAGGGAAAUUGUUUUAUAUACCAGAAGUAAAUUAAUCUAGUUUCUUUGAUGUUUGAUAAUUUAUAAAUUCAAGGUGUUAUGUUUGAGUGAUUACUGAUUAGUUGAUAGUUGUUAAAGGAGAACAACACAACGUAAUCAUGGCGGAUCCGCUUAGUUUGCUUAGACAGUAUAAUGUAAACAAAAAAGAAAUAAUAGAACGUGACAAUCAAAUUAUAUUUGGUGAAUUCUCGUGGCCCAAAAAUGUUAAAACUAAUUACUUUAUGUGGGGGUCUGGAAAAGAAGGUGGUGACAAGGAAUAUUAUACUUUAGAAUGCCUUCUAUUUAUUCUUAAGAAUACUCAAUUAACCCAUCCUAUAUAUGUAAAGCAAGCUGCUGCUCAUAAUAUACCACCCGUGCGGCGUCCGGAUCGAAAAGAAUUACUCGCUUAUUUAAAUGGUGAAACGGCUACAUGUGCUUCCAUAGAUAAAAGUGCUCCUCUAGAAAUACCAACUCAGGUAAAACGAACACAUGAUCAUGAUGGGGGUGAGUCAGCUGCUAAGAAACCGCGCAUUGAAGAGACACAUGUGCAAAAGGUGCGGGAACAACUUGCUGCGCGACUUGAUGCACCAAAAGAAGCUUCAGUUACUGUUGAUAACAUCAAAUCUCUGUCAGAAGCUAUGUCAGUUGAAAAAAUUGCAGCAAUUAAAGCUAAACGCUUGGCUAAAAAGAGGACGACUAUCAAAAGUAAUGAUUACUCCGACACCCUCGGUGUUGUUGGGUCAGAUCUAAGGGCUAUUUUGGAUUAUGAUGUGGAUUUAACUAAGGAUAUUAUUAGUAGGGAAAGACAAUGGAGAACAAGGACAACAGUAUUACAGAGUAAUGGAAAAAUAUUUGCAAAAAGUAUAUUAGCAUUACUAUCAAGUAUAAAGGCUAGGGAGGAGGGACGAGCAGGCGUACCCCGACCACCACCAAUAGUGCUGCCACAGCCGGCUUCACUGCCAGCUCAACAGACACAAUACAACAGAUACGACCAGGAGAGAUUUAUAAGACAAAAAGAAGAAACGGAGGGUUUCAAAAUAGAUACUAUGGGCACAUACCAUGGUAUGACACUGAAGUCUGUGACAGAAGGGCCCAGUGUCCCCGUUGCAGUAAGAGCUCCUCCAACUCCCAAUCAUCCAAGGCAAAUGCCACAGAAUGGUCCAGUCACAAGUACACCGGGCCGACGGGAACUGUUGCCAGUAGCGGCUGCGAGGCCACCGACAGGAGGAGGAAAGAGGCCAUCGCGGACUCCAAUCAUAAUAAUACCGGCCGCCGCUACCUCUCUUAUUACUAUGUUCAAUGUUAAAGAUAUGCUGCAAGACCUAAAGUUUGUUCCUGUGGAGCAAAAGAAAGCAGAAGGUGCCUCUAGAGAAAAUGAAGUUCUAUUGCAAAGGAGGAAAGGACCUACAGGAGAUACUGUACCAAAUAAUGCGGCAACAAUAACGGUACCCUAUCGUGUCGUUGAUAAUCCCAGUAGAUUAUCAGCAGCUGAAUGGGAUAGAGUGGUUGCUGUGUUUGUACAAGGCCCCGCGUGGCAAUUCAAAGGUUGGCCUUGGGACAGCAACCCUGUUCAGAUAUUUGCUAAUAUUUGCGCGUUUCAUUUGAAAUAUGAUGAGAUGAAACUGGACGCGAACGUGUCGAGGUGGGCGGUCACAGUGUUGAACCUGAGCCGCACGAAGCGGCAUCUGGAUCGCGCCCUGCUGCUAUCCUUCUGGGAAACCCUCGACAAGCACAUGAUGAAGAAUAAACCACAUCUUAGGUUUUAAGUUUGUUAUUGUGUUAAAGAAUUUUAUCCUGAAGACAAAUUCUAUAUUGUCGGAAUAUAUGAGCGCCUUACUAGCAUGAUUCUAAGUCAAUUCAUACCAUUUACUUUUAUUUUGUCGGAGCACGGAUUGGACACAAACAAGAUACAUUAUUUUAUAACUAAAACUAGUAGAUGCAUUCCCAACUAAAGGUUUUAUCUCAAUAAAAUGUGUAAAUAGGGAUAACAGAAAGAGUUUUCAUUCUAAAACAUGCAGGGCAAGCCUGUCAGCCAUUAAGUUGGAAUAGCGAUAUAUAUAUAUUCUUCACGGACGCACGCCAAGAUAGGGAAGAUAUUAGUCGGAUACAAUUUUUGUACAGAAUGAAUGUAUCAAAAUGAUUUGAGUUUUCUUUAGUGUUAAUUCCGCCAAUAUUUAUGCACGAGACACUGUUUCGUGCCAUAUUUUGGCGAGUCAACACGUGCUGAGGAUGCCUCGUGUAGAGGCGAAACACGUGUCGAAUUGUUUACAAGACAAAUAUUGGCGAAAACUCAAAUCAUUUUGAUAAUUAUAGGUUUCCGCAAAGUAACGCCUACUUCAAUAAAUUUUCAGAAUUAAGGCUUAGCCGAGUUUAUGGAUUUGUACUUUGUAUUUCAAUUAAAUAUCUUCACAUAAAUAGAGUGUGGUGCAACAAUAGCGACAUAAAAUGAACACAUAGUAAUACAAGUAAAUACCAAUACUUUAAAAAAAAAAAUCAAAAAAUUUAAGCUAUAGUAUUAACUUUAAUUUAAAAUAAUUUGUUAUUUUUAAAGUGAUAUCCCGCACUUCUGGGAUUAAUUAUGCAAAUUAAAUUUGAGACCAAAAUUUAUGAAGGCGUCGCUACUCGAACCCGCGACCUCUCGGGUUCCGUCCGAGUGGUUUUACCAAUUGAGCGAACCGUUGGAGUGACGCAUGGUUCGUAAAUCUAAGUAUGUGUUGUGCAACUUAAAUUUUAGAUUUUUUUAAAUUUCCAAACAAACAAAUUAUAUUUAAAAAAUAACUAAGUAUUGUAAUAAUUCUUCUACUGCCUCUUCUACUUAAUAAUUCUGCUACUCACCUACGAGUUCUGAACGGCUGCCACGUGGCGGUUACUAUUUUUUUUUAUGGAAAAAGGAGGACAAGC